AGCGCCAACAUGGCCGCCACCAUGAAGAAGGCGGCUGCAGAAGAUGUCAAUGUCACCUUCGAAGAUCAACAGAAAAUUAACAAGUUUGCAAGAAACACCAGCAGGAUCACAGAGCUGAAAGAAGAGAUAGAAGUGAAAAAGAAGCAGCUGCAGAACCUGGAGGAUGCCUGUGAUGAGAUCAUGCUGCUGGAUGAUGAAGAUUCCCACCCGGUUCCCUACCAGAUUGGGGAUGUCUUCAUCAGCCACUCCCUGGAGGAGACCCAGGAGAUGCUGGAGGAGGCCAAGAGGAGUUUACAGGAGGAAAUUGAAGCGCUGGAAUCUCGAGUGGAGUCGAUCCAGAGCGUGUUGUCUGACCUCAAAGUUCAGCUCUAUGCCAAGUUUGGGAAUAACAUAAAUCUGGAGGCUGAGGACAGUUAAAGCUUUUCUAAACACAGCACCCAACUUUUCCUUAGGUUAUUAAAUGUUUUGAUAACAUUGCUGCAAUUAUAUUUGAGAACAGAAAAUCCAUCCCUUUCUUUUUGUUGGUUUGUUUUUUAACUUCCCUGUAAAGUUGUAUACAUUUAAUAAGAACUUCCUUAUUUUGGUUAUUGCAGUUAUUUAUUUAUUCAGGAAAGCACUGACUUCACAUUGCUGGUAAAGCAUCAAAAUUGGCAUAUUUGCAUGGUUUAUUAAGGCAAUAAAGCCAGGCAUG